AACACCCAUUCAUUAAACUUUCGUUCUCCGUUGCAUUCUCUCGUCUUCUCUCUUUCCUUCGCGAAGCCUCCUCUCUCCCCUUCAAGCUUCAGACGACGAGGUGCAAGAGAGGGCUGUUCCUCACCGGAAAUUACCAUACAGACCUCGGAGAUGGCUGAAAUUCCGUGAAUCUCCUUCAUUCUUUCGGGUUUAGCUUUCUUGAAGGAUUAUCAAUUGACUUGGUCGUGGCUUGCGUUUUUGCUGUCAAAUCCGUUCGAGGUGUUUGAUAAUGCCUCAGGUAGUGUCCUUGUGUUAGAGACGUGGUUUGAGCUUCAUGAGUAUGGACAGACAGAGGACGCCUGGGAGCGUGAAUCAGCAUGUAUUGGACUAUCUGAGACGUAAACAGCUCACGAAUCCUGCUUUCUUUUAUGAGAUCGAGGGUGGUGGUGAACUUGGUUCAGCAAAUGUUUUCUGGGCUGAUCCAAGUUCCAUGAUGAACUAUGCCUACUUUGGUGAUACUGUAGUAUUUGACACUACCUAUAGGUCUAACAUGUAUAGAGUGCCUUUCGCUGCUUUCACCGGGUUCAACCAUCAUGGGCAACCUGUUUUGUUUGGUUGUGCUCUGAUACUCAAUGAAUCCGAGUCCUCAUUUGCCUGGCUUUUCCAUACUUGGAUUCAUGCAAUGUCAGCUCGCCCUCCUGUCUCUAUUACAAUUGAGCCAGAUCCACUGAUACAGGUUGGUGCUGCUCAGGUCCUUAGUGGGACCCACAUUCGUUUCUGUAGGUGGCUGAUUCUUAGAGAAACCAAAGAGAAACUUGCUCACGUAUAUCAGUCUCAUCCUUCUUUGGAAUCUGAAUUUAGAAGGUGCAUUAAUGAAACAGAAACAAUCAGUGAGUUUGAGGCAUCUUGGGACUCCAUUGUCAGAAGAUACUAUCUUCUGGACAACGACUGGCUUCAAUCGAUAUACAGCGCUCGGCAACAGUGGAUCCCUGCGUACAUUCGGGACACCUUUUAUGGAGAGCUGUCUGCAAAUGAUGGAAGUGGUAUUUUGAACUUGUUCUUUGAUGGGUUUGUGAAUGCAUCAACAACGAUGCUAUUGCUGAUAAAACAGUAUGAGAAAGCAAUUGAUAGCUGGCGUGAGAAAGAAAUGAAAGCUGAAUACGAAACAACUAACUCUAUGUCGAUUCUGAAGACCCCAUCUUCCAUGGAGAAGCAAGCGGCAAGCCUCUAUACAAGAGCAGUAUUUGUGAAAUUCCAGGAGGAGUUGGUCGAGUCGUUCGCAAAUCCUGCAACUAGGAUUAGUGAUUCGGGAACUGUUACCACUUACCGUGUUGCUAUAUUGGGAGAAGUGUGUAAAGGUCAUACUGUCGGUUUUGACUCACUUGAGGUGAAAGCUAAUUGCAACUGUCGAAUGUUCGAAUAUUCAGGGAUCAUUUGUAGACACAUAUUGGCUGUCUUCAGGGCAAGAAAUAUACUUACACUUCCAUCUCGGUAUGUAUUAAAGCGGUGGACCAGAGAAGCAAAAACCAGAUGCACUGAGGAAGAACCACAGACUGCCAAUGGUUGUCAAGAAUCUUUAACUGCACACUUUAACACUCUACGGCAGGAAGCAAUCAAGUAUGUGGAGGAAGGGGCGAAGUCUAUUCAGAUUUAUCAUGUUGCAAUGGAUGCAUUGGACAAGGCUGCCAAGAAGGUUGCUGCUGCAAGAAACAAGCUCAAGGAAACCACAACUGGAGCUGCACUUGCCAAAGGGGAAACUUGCGGGUUGCAAGAAGCUCAAGAGGCUGAAAAUGCAGUGAAUCAGCCAGAAGAUGACAAGGAAAGGACAAUCUAUGAAUUGACAACUGAGUUGGAGAGGACAAAUCAGCGCUGCGAAGUUUAUCGGACAAACUUGUUGUCUAUUUUGAGAGACAUUGAAGAACAGAAGUUUCAGCUAUCCCUCAAGGUACAGUUGAGAGAGUGAACACCGUCUUAGACCACUUUUGGUAAGACUGUAAGGUGAAAAAAAUUCUUCAUCAAAGGCUGUACCAAAUGACAAGGCGAGUGGCUCGGUUUUACUCCGAAAACUUUAGGUUUUUUAUUUAUGUAGGUAGCUAUACUUUAAUGGUAGAGCUAUGACUGAAUUUUGGUAUCAAAUUGGUUGUUUGUGACGUUUGAUCGUCAUAGGAAAAUUUGAAUUUUUUUUUGGUAAAAACUGAAUUUUAUAAAUACUAAAUUUUACAAAAUAUUCGGCAUUCAAUCCGAUAUGUCAUACAAAAGAUGGAUUCCAUCUUUUCUGGGUUAACACAACUCUUCUGGAACGGAAACAAAAAACUAGCGGAGAAACCCAAAUACAAGUUCUACAACUGGUUAGGGGUUUAGGGGUUUAGGGGCUCGAGGUUCGGGGUUUCAGGCUUCGGGGGUUGGGUUUCGAGUUUCGGAUUUUGGAUUUUGGAUUUCGGGGUUAGGGGUUAGAGGUUUAGGGUUUAGGGCUCGGGUCUCAGGGUUUUGGGUUUCAGGGUUCAGGUUUCGGGUUUGGGGCUCGGGGUUCGGGGCUGGGGUUUAGGAAUUAGAGGUUCGGGAUUAAGGUUUAGGGGUUCAAGAUUCAUGGUUUCAGGGUUUUGGGGUUUGGGGUUCGGGGUCAGGGGCCAGGGUAGAUCAGAAAAGGGCUAUUUAUUGAUUGCGACAAGUGGCGGACUAAACCAACAAUGAACAGGGAUAAUAGAUGUUGUAGUUGCUGCUUAUAUUCUAAACGCCACUCUGGUGGUGCCCAAGCUGGACCAGAAAUCGUAUUGGAAGGACUCGAGCAAUUUUGGGGAAAUCUUUGAUGUCGAUUGGUUCAUUUCCUAUCUCUCAAAGGACGUUAAGAUAAUCAAAGAACUGCCUCAAGAACAAGGAAAAUUCCCCCGGCAGCACACUAUGUGCGUUCCCAGGAAAUGCACACUAUCGUGCUAUCUUCAUUGUGUUUUGCCCCUUCUUACAAAGAAACAUGCGGUUGAACUCAGCAAAUUCGAUUACAGGCUCUCAAGUAAGCUGGACGCCAACUUACAGAGGCUAAGAUGUAGAGUUAACUACCACGCCUUGAGAUAUACACAAUCUACUGACAAAAUGGGCAAACUUCUUGUUGAAAGGAUGAGAAAGCAAGCCCAGCAUUUCGUUGCUUUUCGUCUCAGGUUCGAACCUGAUAUGCUUGCGUUCUCUGGAUGCUUAUUCGGCGGCGGGGACAAGGAGAGGGCCGAACUGGGAGCCAUCAGAACAAGAUGGAAAACUUUACAUACCGCAAAUCCUGACAAGGUACGGAGACAUGGUCGAUGUCCACUGACGCCAGAAGAGAUUGGUCUGAUGCUUAGAGCAUUAUGUUUUGGGAGCGAUGUUCACUUGUACGUGGCGUCAGGUGAGGUGUAAGGAGGAGAUAAGACAAUAGCUCCACUGCGAGCUCUGUUUCCAAAUCUCCAUACCAAAGAGACCUUGACCUUCAUGGAGGAGUUGGCGCCGUUUGCUCAGUUCUCGUCGUGCAUGGCUGCUCUUGACUUCAUGGUCUGUGAUGAUAGUGAUGCAUUCGUCACCAACAACAACGUUAUCAUGGCUAGGAUUUUAGCAGGACGAAGGCGAUACUUUGGACACAAAGUCACGAUCCAUCCAAACGCCAAGAAACUCCACAAGCUCUUCACGAACCGAAACAACAUGACAUGGGACGAAUUUGCAUUCAAGCUCAGGAGAUAUCAGCAAGGGUGCAUGGGUGAACCAGAUGAAAUAAAACCAGGACACGGCGAGUUCCACGAGAAUCCUUCGUCCUGCAUCUGCCGAAUCUCUGAAGCGGCACACAUGGAACAUACAAGGGACAAAGAAACAGGAUAUCUAACAGAGGAUGAGCCAGAUCUGUCUGAUUCAGAGUACUCAGAGAUGGCCAAUGUCCCUGUCACAGAUGCAGGCUCAAGUAGAUUGUUGCUGAAAUCAGAUCAGGCCGAAGUUGAUGAGGUAUUCUCAGACUGUUCAUAAACUUCGGCCUCAUUUGGGUUCCAUUGAUAAACAGUCUCUCUGUGGUUACCGCCAUGUACACAAGUUUCUGAAUCUGUAAAUACAUACAUACGUACGUACGAAGGAGUGCAUUCUUCGGCAAAGAUAUAUUUGGACUUUGGGAAUAAUGCAUUAUGCAUCAUUUUAAGACAA